CUUCACUUUUGCUGGUGCCGUCGUUCGUCGCGAAGGUUGUGCGUUUGUUCCAAUUUUUUUUUGCAUUUUCCCUUCCGAUCCGAGGCGUGUGUGCAGAUUCGUUUUAAAUAUCGUAAAGGAGAACAAAAUUGUUAUCAGUAUAUUAACUUCUACUAAAUGUAUUUGGUGACACGCCAACAGUGAAAAGUUGUGAGCCAGCGCUGGGCCUAUUUGGCUUUGUGAAAAGUGCGGAAGUGAAUUGAGUUCGUCCGAAAAAGAUGAGCAGCGCAAAACUGGCUCCACCAGCAGCAUCAGCAGCAGUGACAAUGACCACGAAUGACGCGGUCACCGCUGCUGCCACCGCCAAACCCAACCAGCAGACGACAGGGUCACAGAGCCAACAGCAACGAUCGUACGGGAAAAUCGUUCUUACGCUGGAAAACUGUCUCCUCCCGGAGACGAAGCUCGAUUUAACGCCCUCGCAGGUGGAUGGAUUGGAUCGCGAGACGGAAAUUGACUUGCGAAUAUUGGGCUGCGAGCUGAUCCAAACGGCCGGGAUUCUGUUGAAACUGCCUCAGGUGGCCAUGGCAACUGGGCAGGUGCUGUUCCAGCGGUUCUUCUACUCGAAGUCCUUCGUACGGCACAGUAUGGAAGCGACGGCGAUGAGCUGCGUUUGCUUGGCGUCCAAAAUCGAAGAAGCCCCUCGGCGCAUUCGGGACGUCAUCAAUGUGUUUCACCACAUCAAACAGGUCCGCGGACAGAAGCCCUUGAUACCGAUGAUUCUAGAUCAGCACUAUAUCAAUCUGAAGUCCCAAGUGAUUAAAGCGGAAAGGCGAGUUCUUAAAGAGCUAGGAUUCUGCGUUCAUGUCAAGCAUCCUCACAAGCUGAUAGUCAUGUACCUGAAGUACUUGGAGCUGGAAAAGCAUCAGAACAUGAUGCAAAUGGCGUGGAAUUUCAUGAACGAUUCUUUUCGAACGGAUGUUUUUGUACGUUAUCAGCCGGAAACGAUCGCUUGUGCAUGCAUCUAUCUGACAGCCCGAAAGUUGAACAUUCCUCUGCCUAACAAUCCCUCAUGGUUCCUAAUAUUUCGGGUUAGCGAAGAUGAUAUGUUGGAUGUUUGCUAUAGAAUAAUGACUUUGUAUAAAAGAUCCAAACCAAAUGCUGAAACAUUGGAAGAAGCGGUAGACAGCCUCAAGAAGAAAUACCAAGACCAGAAGAAGAAGGAUCGAUCGGAUACGAACACACCACCUACGGUGGUCACUGUCGAUCGCAAUAAUGGGUCCCAUAACGCGUGGGGUGGUUUUAUUUCGCGAGCUCUGCCAGUCACAGCCGGCGGCGAAAACAACGGAAACAAUAACACCGACAAAGACAGCAAAAAGUCACAAUCAAAGUCGCGAUCACGCUCGCGUUCGCCACGAUCCCGAUCAAGAUCGCACUCUCGCUCGCGUUCAGCUUCUCGGUCACGUUCGCGCUCACCAUCCAGAUCAACGCGAUCGAAAUCAAUCUCUCCUCGGUCGAGAACACCGUCGCGAUCACGGUCUCGAUCACGCUCAUCUACGGCAGCACACUCCCCACCGCACUACAACGAAAAAAGCGGCUCGCGAAAAAGUAAAAAAGAUCGCCAUCGAUCGCGAACGCCUUUGAAGUCGUCUAACAAAAAGAAGUCCAAGCAUUACUCACGUUCUCGGUCGGUCACGCCCGAUUCACCACCAAAGUACAAAAAGAGCGAUAAGAAAUACGAUCGUCGGCGGGAUGAUCGUGACGUUCGCGAUAGUCGGUACAUCAACGGAAAUGAUCGGGAUCGCUCGUCCAAGAGUGAUCGUGAUAAGGAUCGCGACCGAAACCGUGACCGUGAUCGGGAUCGCGAUAGGAACCGCGACAAGGGAGGCUACGAUCGGGACGAUUACCGAAAGGAUCACCGCAGCAGCGGUGGCUACGGGAACGGCGACAAGCGGGACAAAUACAUCAGUAGCAGUAGUAGCCGACAUGGAAGUGGCCACGAUCGGCAUCGAUCUUCGAAGCAUGACCGGGACCGAGAUCGGGACCGGGACCGUAGGCGAUAAGGUUUUCGUUGCUGAUGAGAACCCGUUAGGGUGUUUUUUCUUAUAUCAAGUUACGAAUAUGCCAUUUUAAAAGAAUUCUAAUUGUUUUGGAAAAAGUUACAAUGAUUUUGAGCGGAUGUUACGCGUUGCAUAGUAUGACUCUUAAAAUUUACAAAAAUGAUCGUUUUAUCAGAUGUGUAUUAUUUCAUCGUUAGAAUAUAAUAUGAACCUAGAAGAUUAGGAUUUUCUCUGAAGCUGAUAUCAUCAUAGAUGUAACAAAGAAAAGCUUAUUCUCUGUGACAAAUCGGUUUACUCAAUACCAUUUACUUGCUCAAUAAUAGGUCAUCAAAUUUAACACUUCAAAAGUGGGAUACGAUAUUAUCGUUAAAGUCGUAAUGGAGCAUAGAGGAAUGUGCUGACGCUUGUUUUGGUAAACCACAGAGCAAGUAUGAGCUGUUUAUCUUACCGUUUGCUUCCUUGCUAAUGGUAAUGCAAUUUCCGAAAUCUACAAAUAGACACAAUUUUCCAUAUAUAUACUAUAGUGCAGGAAAACGCAUUUUUGUUUUGUUUUAUGGGACAUACUGUCAUACGUUCCAAGAAAAUAAAAAAACUUGAUAAAACACAAGUUAAGCUUUAAUAUUAUUAAUUUAAAAACAACUUUGACAUCGCCAAAAUCUUGAUGGAAUCUGCAUUGAAAACGUUGUUCCAUUUUUUUUCAAUUUUUAGUUAUCUUCAUUGAUACAAGAAAGACAACCGAAGCCGAUCAUUUUCAGGCAUGUGUGUAUAAUUUUUGUCACUUUACACUGAGAAUAGAGCGAAUGGUACUGAAAUUCAACAGUUUCAAUGUGA